CCCUCUCGCUAUACGGGACGUAGGUUUCAAGUAGAUACCUCACUGACCCAAAUCGCCUGCAUUUUACUCAACUUUCUUGGAUUCCAAACAACCCCAAGAAAACCUAAAGAGAAAGAAAAAAAAGGAAAUUCUCGUAUGGAUUCACGGGAAGCUCCUCCUCCUCCACAGCCUCCGAACAUGAUGUUGGGCCCCACCUCGUACCCCAUGUCCACCAACACCAACAGUUCCAACAAUUCCUCUAUGAUGAUCAGCCCCAACUCCGGCGGCGGUGGGCAGACGAUGAUCCCUCAAUCCUGCGGCGCCGCCCGAUUCCCCUUCAACUCGUCGAAGCCGUUGGAUUCCCUCAACAACAACACCAACAACUCCGGCCCUUACGACGGAUCGUCCGGGUUCAGCAUUGACGCGUCGUCGGCGUCGGCGGGGAAGAAGAAGAGGGGCCGGCCGAGGAAGUACUCGCCGGACGGCAACAUUGCGCUGGGUCUGGCGCCCACGCCCAUCUCCGCUUCUUCCGCGGCCAAUCACGGUGAACCCGCCAGUGCCAUUGCCGGCAGCGGCCCUGGUUCUUUGUCGGAGCCUGCCCUGAAGAAGCACCGCGGCCGCCCUCCCGGCUCCGGGAAGAAACAGUUGGAUGCUUUGGGAGCGGGUGGGGUUGGAUUUACUCCGCAUGUAAUUAUGGUGAAAGCCGGCGAGGAUAUAUCAUCGAAGAUUAUGGCCUUUUCACAGCAGGGGCCACGGACUGUUUGUAUUCUCUCUGCAAAUGGUGCCAUCUGCAAUGUUACCCUUCGCCAACCAGCAAUGUCUGGUGGUACUGUAACAUAUGAGGGUCGAUUUGAGAUAAUCUCUCUAUCAGGUUCCUUUUUGCUUUCUGAAAACAAUGGCAAUCGCAGCAGAACAGGCGGUUUGAGUGUGUCCCUGGCAGGGUCAGAUGGUCGAGUUUUAGGUGGGGGUGUUGCAGGAAUGCUAAUGGCAGCAUCUCCAGUUCAGGUCAUUGUGGGUAGCUUUGUUGCGGAUGGAAAAAAACCGAACUCGAAUAACUUGAAAUCUGGUCCGUCUUCAGCACCGGCAUCCCAAAUGUUAAACUUUGGUGCAUCUCUGACGGGUGCCAGCCCUCCCUCUCAAGGGGCCUCAAGUGAGUCAUCAGAUGAGGAUGGUGGUAGCCCUAUUAAUAGAGGCCCUGGAUUCUACAAUAAUACUAGUCAGCCCCUACAUAAUAUGCAGAUGUAUCAAAUAUGGGCUGGCCAAACCCAGCAGUGAAGAUGCUACCUGUUUAACGGUUUAGCUUGCUUGGUUAUUGACUUUGGAGAUACCUUCUGCAUAGUGGAUAGAGGUGAAGUCCAAAAGCUAACAGAAUGCUCUAUUUGAGGUCUAUAUCUAGUUCUCUUGCUCGGGUCACUUUGUUCUUUUAUUUGAAGUUAAUUAGUCCUUUUUUAUUUUUUCUUCUUCCAUAAGAUUGAAAGAUGGCUAUUGUUGAUAGCUGAGGAAAUGCCACUUGAUUUUUAGGAUCUUGGUCAGAUCAAAUUGCUUUCUAAGUAUUUUGAUUUGCAUCUAUUGUUUCCUGUUAGCAGUUUAUGGACUUAAUAUGCAAAA